GAUUAGAAAAACUCUAGUUAAGGAAAUGUGUGGUUAAUAAAGAAGCAACCGAACCUCGUUGGGUUUAUUUACUUCUUCUUCUUCUACUUCUACUACCACUGCUACUUUUUUUUUCUUAUCGUCAUCAUCAUCCCCAUCUUCAAUCAUGCAGUCCCAUCUCUCUACAUUGUCUUUUCUGUUUCUCACUUUCCGACCAUUUUAAUGGAAUUCCUUUCUUUAUUACCACCCAUAAACCAUAACAACAAAAACAAAAAACCUAACCUUAAAUCUAACCCAAUUACAUUAAUCCUAUGUUAGUAGUUUAAACUUAAACAACAACCAUUUUCUUUUAAGAAAAAGAAAAUCAGUCAUGGAUUCAGCGAUUAAAACUCCUCCAUCUGAUACUGAAGUUGUCAUCACAACUCCACCACCAACAAAAUCCUUCACUAAUGGUGUGUUAAAACGACACCACCACCAUCAACCGCAACCAACAUCAGCAGCUAUUGUUGUAUACAGAGAAUGUCUCAAAAAUCAUGCAGCAAGUUUGGGUGGUCGUUCGUUAGAUGGAUGUGGAGAAUUCAUGCCAUCGCCGAAUACGAACUUAAGCGAUCCAACUUCAUUAAAAUGUGCAGCUUGUAAUUGCCAUCGCAACUUUCAUCGUCGUGACCCUGAAGAAGGUACUCACAUCAUUGAAUAUCGUCAUCAUCAAGCACCGCCUGUUCUUCCAAUACCACAGCAACAACAACCAGGAGAUCAAGAAGGAGGAAAUGUUAGUCCUAGCUCAUCAGACUCGCCACCUCCGAUUUCAUCUGCUUACAAUUAUCCAAACUCAUCUGCACCACAUAUGUUGCUUGCUUUAAGAACAGGAGGGUUACCUGGAGUUCCAUCGGAUAACAAUCAUCAAAUGAUGAUGGCUGGUGGCAAGAUGAGUACUACCACCACAACAACAAUUGGGGGAUUAACUAGUCCUAAUACUAAUGGAAAUGUUAGUAAUGGUAGUGGUAGAAAGAGAAUUAGGACUAAAUUUAGUCAAGAACAAAAGGAUAAGAUGUAUUUGUUCUCAGAAAGAUUGGGUUGGAAAUUACAGAAAAGAGAUGAAGGAAUUAUUGAUGAAUUCUGUAAUGAAAUUGGUGUGGAAAGAGGAAUCUUGAAGGUUUGGAUGCAUAAUAAUAAGCAUACUUUUGGGAAAAUUAGAGACUCUAGUACUACUCCGAGUACUAUCACUACUACUUCAGCUCCUCAUGUCACUAGUCUUAACAAUAACAACAAUAAUCACCACCAAAAUCAUCAUCCUCAUCAGAAUCAACCCCAGAAUCAGAAUCACCACUACAAUAAUGGUGGUGGUGGUGGUGGAGUGGGUAGCGGUGGUGGGAGUGUGCUUCAUCAUAAUCACCACCAUGAGGUUCAGGUUACUGCUAAUUGUUCUUCUUCGUCAUCUUGAGACUUAAUUAAUUAAUUAAGAGUAGCAUGUACUAUGUUUUUCUAUUUUAGGACGAGUCAUUAGAAAGAGUUGUACUUAAUUAGUAAGUUCUUUUCUAUUUGGAUUAACUCCUCUUUUCGUAUACUGUUUGUACUUUGAUUUAGCUUUAAUUGGUUAUUAAUUAAUUAACUAAUCAAUUAUUGCUAACUUCGUCAUUGGAGAUUGGAGAAGAGAAGAAGAGAAGAAAGGAGAAAAGAAUAAAAAGGGAAUUUUGUUUUUCGCCAGUAUAUUUUUAUGCUUUGUUUAUCGAGUUCUCAAAGUACUUAAUGAGUUAAUGUUAAUGAUACGCAAUAAAUUAGUACUAAUUCUUUUUGGGUUA